UUUCUCACACUCUGUUAUUUCCUCCUUCUACUCUGUUUGCAAUUCAAAUAGAAAACAUGAAAAUUCUCACUUCUUCAACUUUAUUCGUAUUAAUUUUUCUUUCACCAAUAGUUUUAUCGGCUAAACAAAUUCCUUCUACAGUGUACAAUAGUCUCCUAUUCUCGGGUCACAAAGAGAGUGUUCCGCCAUCAUCUGAAGCCGCCAUCAACAAGAGCAACAACGCCACACAUCGCACAACAGAAUCUGCAGAUGACAUCGAUGAUGGAGAAAACUGUGAAUCUUCAUGGAAUAAGGCAUGUUCAGAAGCAGUGCUGAAGGUUGCACGUCAGCCGGAGACAGUGGAUUGGCUCCGGAAGGUACGAAGAAGGAUCCAUCAAAAUCCUGAGCUGGCUUUUGAAGAAAUCGAAACAAGUCGCUUAAUAAGAAAAGAACUGGAUCUGAUGAGAAUUAGUUAUCGAUAUCCACUGGCUAAAACAGGUGUUCGUGCGUGGAUCGGCACUAAUGGUCCACCUUUUGUUGCCAUCAGAGCUGACAUGGAUGCACUUCCCAUACAGGAAGCUGUGGAAUGGGAAUACAAAUCUAAAGUUGCCGGCAAGAUGCAUGCUUGUGGGCACGAUGCACAUGUGGCCAUGCUUAUGGGUGCUGCCAAAAUAUUGAAAACUCGAGAACAUUUGUUGAAGGGAACUGUAAUUCUGAUAUUCCAACCAGCGGAGGAAGCUGGAAAUGGUGCAAAGAGAAUGAUACAAGAUGGUGCAUUGAAGGAUGUUGAGGCUAUAUUUGCAGUUCAUGUAUCCCAUCAGCAUCCAACCGCUAUUAUUGGGUCCAGGCCCGGCCCAUUGCUGGCUGGAUGUGGUUUUUUUAGAGCCGUGAUCACAGGGAAAAAGGCCCUCGCCGGCGAUCCACACCACUCGAUCGAUCCGGUUUUGGCCGGUUCAGCCGCUGUGAUCAGCUUGCAGGGUAUUGUCUCCCGCGAAUCCAAUCCCUUGGAUUCACAGGUUGUUUCUGUGACUUCAUUCAAUGGCGGCAACAAUCUUGAUAUGAUACCAGAUACAGUGGUUCUUGGUGGAACUUUCAGAGCUUUCUCUAACACCAGCUUUUAUCAACUACUUGAAAGAAUUGAGCAGGUGAUUGUGGAACAAGCCGGUGUGUAUAGAUGCUCUGCAGAGGUUGACUUCUUUGAAAAGGAGUACACCAUAUAUCCUCCAACAGUCAAUGAUGACAAAAUGUAUGAGCAUGUGAAGAAGGUUUCCAUAGAUUUGCUGGGUCAAACGAAUUUCAAGGUAGUUCCACCCAUGAUGGGUGCUGAAGAUUUCUCAUUCUACUCCCAGGUGGUCCCUGCAGCAUUCUUCUACAUAGGGAUAAGGAAUGAGACAUUGGGGUCUACUCACACAGGACACUCCCCACAUUUCAUGAUUGAUGAAGAUGUUCUACCAAUAGGUGCAGCAGCACAUGCCACCAUUGCAGAGAGGUUCCUCAUUGAGUAUGGGUGAAGUUAAUAAUAAAAAAGUCAUGCUGGGAAAAUGGGAAUGAAUGACUAUUCUUCUCACUUCUCAGUUCUCACACUCUCCACUCAACUUGGUACAAAAUUUGGUAGACACAAGUUUGAUCCGUCGCCCCCCUCCCCCCUCUCUGAUAUUCCCUAUAUUUAUUUGUUGCUUUGAGUUAAGGAAUGUAGAGGCAAGGCUCAUAAAUGAUAACAAAAAUAGAGUGCGCCAGAAUUUUAUACAAGUUUGGGUUGCGUUUUUGGAGGCAGAUAGAUAUGUAUGUGCACGAGUAUAAAUAAAAUAAUAAUAAUAAUUUAGCUUCAGG